GUAUACUGUCCCCACUCUCUCUCGUUCCAUAUCUGAAUACUGUCCCCCCUCUCUCUCUAUUUCCAUACCUGUAUACAGCUCCCCCCCUUCUCUAUUCUGCCCCUGUAUCCUGACUGUGUGUAUAUACUAAUCCCUUCCCCCAGGUUAUAUAGAGGCUACUGAGCAUGCUCAGUGUAUCCCCCCCCACAGACAGAAGAGUCUCCGCACCAGGAAUCAGCAUCAGUGAGUGUCAGACGGAGGGGAGCGAGUGGCAGUUAGAGAGAUGGCAGAUAGAGACGAGCUGCAGGCAUUUACCUCUAUGAUGGACGCCCUGGUCAGGAUCAGUACUAGUAUGAAGAACAUGGAGCGUGAGCUCUUGUGCCCAGUGUGUAAGGAGAUGUACAAACACCCACUCAUCCUGCCCUGCAAGCACAAUGUGUGCCAGGUGUGUGCCAGUGAGAUCCUGCUGCAGAGGGGGUACAUCUGUGACCCCAACUCAGAGCCCAACUCCCCCGCCUCCUCUCCUGUGACACGGAGCCCCCGUAUGGGAAGGAGGGUGGUGCCCAAACAGGAGCGUCUCCUCAAACAAGGCUUUGGCACGUACCCUGGCAGAAAGAGGGGCGCUAGCCACCCCCCGACCGUGCUCUUCCCGUGCCCCCCGUGCCAGUGUGAUGUGGAUCUCGGGGAGAGGGGUCUGGGGAACCUGUUCCGGAACCUGACGCUGGAGCGGGUGGUGGAGCGCUACCGACAGACCGUCAACAUCAGCUCGGCCAUCAUGUGCCAGUUCUGCAAGCCCCCCCAGCUGGAGGCCACCAAGGGCUGCACCGAGUGUCGGGCCACUUUCUGUAACGAAUGCUUCAAACUCUAUCACCCCUGGGGCACCCAGAAAGCUCAGCACGAGCCCACCCCACCCACCCUCACCUUCAAGCCCAAGGGCCUGAUGUGUCCGGAUCACAAGGAGGAGGUGCUGCUUUACUGUAAGACCUGCCAGCGGUUAGUUUGCCAAAUCUGCCGAGUUCGCCGGAACCACAAUGGGCACAAAAUGACCCCCAUCGUCAGCGCGUAUCAGGCACUGCGGGACAAGCUGAACAAAAGCCUCUCGUACAUACUGGGGAGUCAGCACAUUGUGCAGGGGCAGAUCAGUGACCUGGAGGAGAGCAUGAGACAGACUGAGGUGAGUGGAGCGCGGGCGCAGGAGGAGGUGCUGCAACUGAUCGGGGCCCUUCGCUCUGCGCUGGAGGAGAAGCAGGCGGCGCUAACUCGGACCAUUGUAGAGCGGCAGAAGGAGCGGCACGAUGUGCUGGAGGGGCAGGUGUGGGAGCGUCAGGCUCUGCUCGAGAGUUCCGGCCUCGUCUCUUACACCCAGGAGGUGAUGAAGGAGACCGACCAGCCUUGCUUUGUGCUGGCGGCCAAACAGAUCCAUGAACGCAUGCAGCGAGCAAUAGAAGGAGUACAGAGUUUCAGAGCCGCCGAUUGUGCCCCGCUGCCCCCAUUUAAACUGGACGUUAGUCGUGAGAUGAAGUUGCUGACGGAUCUGCACUUUGUGAGAGCACCAGAUGCCCCUGUCAUAGACACACAGCGCACCUACGCAUAUGACCACAUAUUCCUAAGCUGGCGUCUGCCCCAGGACUCGGCACCGGCCUGGCACUACACCGUGGAAUUCCGUAAGACAGAUCCCAAGCACAAGGGCCUCAAACUGUGGCAACGGCAAGAAGAGAUCUGGGCGCUCAGUACUGUGUUAGAGGGUCCCGACACAGAUAGUGUCUAUGUGCUGAGAGUGAAGGGCUACAACAAGGCUGGAUAUGGGGAAUACAGUGAGGACAUCUACCUGCACACACCCCCUGCCCAGGUGUUGAACUUCUUCUUGGACAGUAGCUGUGGCUUCCCUCGUGACCGGCUGGUGGUAAGUAAAGACAAGCGGGCAGUGCGCAGUGUGCCCGGAGUUCCCAUGCUCUUUGCUGCCGAGAGACUGAUGACCAGUUGCCACGUGUCCAUGGAGCUGGUUCUGGGAGAUGUGGCCAUCACACAAGGACAAUACUACUGGGAGUGUUCUGUGGACCCCAGCUCUUAUGUACUCAAGGUUGGCGUGGGGCAGGAGAGUAAACUGCAGGAGCUAUUCCAGAUGCCCCAAGAUGUGGCCAGCCCCAGGUACGAUCCUGACAGUGGGCAUGAUUCCGGGGCAGAAGAUGCCACCCUUGACUUGUCUCCUGCUUUCGCCUUCCUGACAAUCGGAAUGGGGAAGAUCCUUCAGCCUCAUGGCUCCCCACCCAACUCUAGGGAUCCCACCGGUUGCACCAUCCCACUGCCCCCACGACUUGGAGUCUGUUUAGACUACGAAAAGGGCCGCGUUGGCUUCUAUGAUGCUGUGUCUCACCGUAGCCUAUGGGAAAGCAGCGUAGACUGCUCCGGCCCUGUGUGCCCCGCCUUCUGCUUUAUUGGGGGAGGUGCUCUUCAGCUGCAGGAGCUGGUGUCAAUCAAACACGAACGCAAAGUGACAAUUGGCGGGUUCACUAAAGCAGAGUGACCCUUGACCUCGCUGGGGUAAAGACUCAUUUACUUGCCCCGGCCUGUGGGGGGCACACUUUGCUGCCACGUUGUGCACAAUCACGAUGAGAAGACCGAGCCGAAAGGCAAGACUCGGAGCUGAGCAAGGGGACGUAGUGGGCGUGGCUAAUGCCAGACUGUGAGCCAAUGGGCAGAGAGGACUGAGGUGGGGCAGUUGCCCUCUGCCAAUGUGAAACUCUAUCAUCUGUGCCAGUCUCACCCCUCCCUCUGUGCCACCAUUUGUCUGGGCUGGACCCACUGCUUGCUGUGCCCCCAUUACCCACCCUGUGCCCCUUAUAUCUCUACCCCUCCUCUGAUAGAUCUGCCACCUCCUCUGUGCCCCCAAUAACUGCCUCAUGCCCACUCAGUACCCCCAUCCCUGACUUCUCUCCCAGAGACCCCCGUGCCCCCCCUAUUCCUCCUGCCCCCUCUGUCCCCCCACAUGCCCACCCUUUGUGUUGUGUUAGUGCCCAGAGCAGUGCCACUGUGCCCCCAUCACUAACGCUCACAAUCAUUUUAUGCACUUUUUUUAGGGGAAGUUUUUUUGUACAAACAAGUCUUCCUUUUUGUAUUGGGCUCAGUGUGUGGCGCCCCCUUGUGUCCUGCCCCCGGGAGGCGCUGAACUGUGACACGCAUGCCCCCCCACGCAGGUGUCUAGUAGUAGUUGCACUGCAUGUCCGGCUCUGGCUGCCCGAGGGGUAACAGGACCCCCCAUUAUCCGCUUUAUAUUUCAUUUAUUUAUUCACCUCUUGGGGCACAUUUCCCCCUUUUUUAUUGGCCGCUCCACCCGCCCCCACUUAUCUCACCUGUAAUCACUGGUUGGUGCCACAGGUAACUGCGGGUGUAGGGGGGGGGUUAAUAUAGCGAAGCUGGGGGGAGAAACCCAUGAAUGUACAAAGACUGGUCUAUAGAGUGAAGCAAAAGUACAGGCUGAAAGGAAGUGACACCAAGAGAAAUAAAUUUCCAGCACUUGCA